CCAUAAAGAUGGUUCCGUGCAUGUAAUGAAUACAACAAUAAUACAACAAAACAACAACUUGGCACGCAGGCCGUACAAAUAAACAAUCAACGGUUGCAACAGAGUUGCCAACAAAACAAAAUGGUAAUCCACGUCCUUGCUCCAGUGUCAGCUUCCAGCUUCCAGUACCCCGCAUCUCAAGGCAGUAGUAUGGUAGACCAAACCAGAGCAUGGAGGGAGCAUAUGUAGGUGGCAUCUCAAGCCCAACACAUCACUCCCUCUCCACGGACCCAAAGUCACAGACAAGCAAUCAAAAACAGCAAAACAGGACUGGGCAGCAGCAGCGUCACCUAGUCCAUGUGCAGCAUCAGCAAAAACCUGCGUGAAAACAGCUGGGAACCUGCCCCCUGCAAGCAAGUUAGGUUCCUGCAGUUUCCUUCAAGCAUUGAUUCCACGGCAAUGGUCCAAAGCCUUCAGUUUAUGGCUCCAACUCCAGCGUAUUCUUACAGCCCCAUGAAGUCCAAAACACCAGUUUUGAACACCAUUUUAAGGGGGAGCAGGUAUUUCCAGAAGUUGAGCUCCAGUUAUAAAAUCAGUUGGAGUUCAUGGGCUCUGAGUCUUCCAUGUUCACAGUCCUCAUCACAAUCAGAAGUGGGACUGUCCAACACAAGCUCUACACCCAAUCCAAUUGAAACCACAACGUGCUGCCCAAGUAUUGUACAGUCGAGUCCAAAGCAAGUCCAAAGAGCUCCAUGGCCGGGCACGCUCCCUUGUAUCCACACUACGAGCAACAUCCCCUAUCUGUUGUCCUAGUGAAACUGGGACGACGAGGGCUAAGUUCUGAGUUCACAAUGUCGUCCACCCUCGUCAAGGAAGACAACAAAAUGCCAAGAUCACCAGAGAAAACUCUGACCAUUCAAGACGGCAUAAAAUGAUUGGCAAUCAUCCUCCAACUGACCGGGUAAGAGUAUCGCUAGGAUGUCCACAAAAAGAGAACAAGAACCGGCGAGAUCCUCCAUCAUGCAUACCAAAACUACCCCAUCAUCAACAGCAUCACUCAAGCGAAAGCCGUGGACAUCAAGAACAGGCAUGAUCCAAAGCAAGGACCAGGAAGUUGCCCUAAGAAUCCCCUAAGCAGUAGGGAAAGCCACAGUAAGGGGUACCCCAAGGCUCCAAGAACAAUUGACUAAGGAACAACCGUCUUUCACAACAAAUUGAGCAGCUCCAUCAUGUACAGCCCAUACACAAAAAAGAUCCAAAUUCCAGGGGAAUGCAGUUUCAUUACUGCAAUACUGCCCAGACCAAUGGCAGCAGGAAGCCCACUGUCCAGCCGGCACCCAAAAUCAACAAAAAUGAAGCAGUGUCCAAAGCAAGGUUGAAACAGGCAGUCCUUCUAGUAGGCGCAGUCAUACCCAAGGCACAAACAAGGCACAAGGUUACUAGCUCCCUCCCCAACAAAACCACACAACCCACUUAUGUCAAGGGUUCAAAUCCCUACCUCAUGCAAAUGAGGUAAGGUAUGACAAAGUUGAUUCUUCAGGAGGUUGAGGGAGAGGUGGAACUUUCACAAAGACCAUUAUACCAGGGUAGAUGUUCCAACAAAAAGGCACAGCCCAAACCAUGCAAGGAGUAUAACCAGAGCAGCAAUCAAAUGGGUAGGCGACCCAUGAACAUGGACAGCAGACCAAAAGCCAUCCAGUCCCAUGUAUCAACCCAGGACACAUCAGGUAAUCCUUCCCGGCAACUAACCACAUCAAAAAGUUCAUACACACCACAAAAAACAGCACGAAGAAUAGCAGCACGGAUGCACAGCAGUUCAUUCCACAAAAUCCAAAUAUACAUCAACAGAGGUGUUAUUAAAAGAACAUAAACAGCCACAAAGAGUUGGUCAAGAAGCAAGCAAAAUCUUAGCAGAAACGCAGUCAAAUAUCUCGCUGUGAACAGUACAUACGAUUCCCAAAAUCCCAAAAUCGAAACAAAAAUCAAAUGAUGUUGAAAUCCAACUUCAAAGAGUGGAAGAGGAUUACAAACCGCUCAUAAUAUCCAAGAAUUAGCAAUCAAAAAGGUCUGGAUUGAAGUGAAUCAGAGAUGCAAAGCCGCGAGUGAACAGUAUCGG